ACAAUCAGCUGUCUCGAAUAAAAGGUGGGGAGGAAAAGGCGAACGAUUGUGUGCUGUAUGCGUUAUGUAGUUCAUGUCCUCAAGCGUUUCGCUGCAGUUGUUGCUAUGGCGUGUUUAAGUUCAAGUAGGCUCUGUGCUCGUGUUCAAGAUAAGUUGUUGUGUCAGUUCGGACAUAAAGUUCGAAAGCAGACUGUAUUUGUGAAACUAAAACCACCCGGACCAUCUCCUCUUCGGAUAUUUGGGAAGACAAAUCAGAGAGCAACAACAUGCGAGCCGGUAUGCGGCUCCGCGAGCGCUGCUUCUGGCGCCGGUAUGGUGCGACGACUCGCCUCCAGUCUUCAGAGCACAAGCACCGGCUCGCUGCCGGACUAUGGAACACAAAUCGUAGACCCUUAUCGCCUGUUGGAAGAUGACCUUAACGGAAUAUAUGAGGACAUAAGAUCGGAGUUGGAGCGGAACACGAACCAAGCUGAACUCAACACAAUAGCCACAUACUACUUCGAUGGACAAGGCAAGGCGCUCAGGCCGAUGGUCGCGAUACUCAUGGCGAGGGCUGUCAACUACCACGUUUACGGGGAAAACAGUGCACUACUGCCCUCACAGAGGCAAGUCGCAAUGAUAAGCGAGAUGAUACACUCAGCGUCGCUCAUCCACGAUGACGUUAUCGACCAAAGCGACUUCCGCCGCGGGAAACCCUCAGUCAACGUGCUCUGGAAUCACAAAAAGGUGGCGAUGGCCGGCGACUUCAUCCUCGCCGUGGCGUCGAUGAUGAUAGCUCGCCUGCGCAGCGACGACGUCACACUUGUGCUCAGCCAGGUGGUCACAGACUUAGUGCAAGGCGAGUUCAUGCAACUCGGUAGCAAAGAGACAGAAAACGAGCGAUUCGCUCAUUACCUCACCAAAACAUACAGAAAAACAGCAUCCCUUAUCGCAAAUUCUGUUAAAGCGGUAGCGUUACUAAGCGGAGCCGACGAGAGCACAUGCGAGUUGGCAUUCCAGUACGGACGGAACUUGGGCCUGGCGUUCCAGCUGGUGGACGACUUGCUGGACUUCGUGUCAUCAGCGCAGGCCAUGGGCAAGCCCACAGCCGCCGACCUAAAGCUAGGUCUGGCCACGGCGCCUGUAUUGUUCGCCUGUGAAAAGUACCCGGAGCUGAACCCGAUGAUCAUGAGGCGGUUCGCGGAGCCGGGCGACGUGGAGAAGGCGUUCGAGCUGGUGCACAAGUCGCGCGGGCUGGAGCAGACGCGCUUCCUGGCGCGCCAGCACGGCGCCGAGGCCGCGCGCCGCGCCGCCGACCUCGCCGACUCGCCCUACCAGAAGGGGCUGCUCGUCACCGCCGACCUCGUGCUCAACCGGAUCAAGUAGUGCCACGACACUACACGAGCCGCUCCAUUAUAAUUUAUAUUCAAUAUUCAAUAAAUAUAUCAAAUGUAGAGUUAUAUUUGUGUAAUCAGUCCGACUGAUUGUCGAAUGAUCGUAUGUGACGUGCGAUAUAUGUAUGGUUAUUUAUAUAUUUGUACUUAUCUUUAUGCGUCCUUCACUUGUGUGACCUGAUUUAUUUUAAGAUAGUUUUCUGUGAAAAUAUUCUUAAUGCUGUGGUCCGUCUGCGGCCCGUGACGUCGCAAUGCUAUAUUUGCUGAGAGUGAGCGUGUACGUGACUACUCGUUACCAAAUACCGCUGUACAUAUGACUGUACGAUAAUGUGCUCAACCGUCUAACGAAAUACGAUAUAUCGACUAAUACCUGUACAUACUACAUAAAGAGAUUGUAUGCGGCUAAUACUAAUGGCACCAAUUUAAACGCUUUGAUACUCUUAUAGCAACAUUUUAGGUUCCCAAUAUAAACCAAUUAAUGUUUGACGAUAUCAUCGUUCGUUAUUUAAGUUAGUGCCUAGAAUUAGCCUUCAUUGUCUAUAUAAUAUUGUCUAUUUGUUAUUUUGUAUCGUGCAAUGUUUAAGUAGGUAAGCGUAGAGUUAGAGAGUACCUGUGUGUAUUUCACGCGUUACGUCUCCAAGUUCAUAUAAAAAUUCAGAAUAUUCGAUUGUUUCUUAUUAUAUAUAUUUUGAUGUGUAAAUACUGAGAGUCACUGGAUAAGUUACCCGUGUUUAUCUUCAAAACCAAUUACCUCAAUUUCUUUAGAGUACUUGUCGCGCCGCGUCGCGUCCAAGUGGCGUGCGAGUGUACGACGCGUGUUCUGUCGUAGUGUUACAAGUUAGUUGUAUCGAACCGCACAACACGUCCAGCCAGGUUUGUUUAACUCGUAUAGAAGCGUUUUAUAAAAAUGAUAUUAGCUAAUUUAGUGAUUAGAGUUGUAAAUAACUUUUAUUAUGGUUCUGUGAAAUGUUUCACAAUAAUGAGGUAUGAUUUAAAUACUGGGUUGAAGUACACCAAGAGCACAGUAUUUUAAAAACAUUUUUUAAAUAUUCUUUUUAUUUAACAAAAUUUUAGUCACUAAUAAGUCAAAAUAGAGUUAAGCCGACAUAAAAACCAAAACAAAGACGUGAAGGAAUCUUCAUUGUCAGUAGCUGCCGCUUAUAAUUAUCGUCGAGACGAUGCAUGUGUUUUUAUUCGAUUAAACAGAUUACUACUGUGUAAUUUUUAUGUGGCUAUAUGUGGUAAAGGUGUAUCCACAAUAUAAAGUGAUGGAAGUAAAUUCUCCAAAUUCCGAGAAACGUCAAUUUUGUGCUUGCAAAAUUGACCUUUCACGGCGUUUAACGCAAUUUCGAAACAACACCCAAAUGGCAGAAAAUACUUUUGCAACAAUAAAAUGAUAUUUUCGUUGUUAAAGUCAACUCGUUUUGGUCCUUGUGUCGGCCAAUAUUAUAAAUGAAGGGAGAGGUGGUUUGUACAUUAAACGACAAUGGGAGUCAAUGAAUUUUAUUUAUAUCAUGUAUGUACACAUGUACGUAGCUUAUACGUUUGUAAAUAUGAUUACUCUGUAAAAUGCUAAAUCAUGAAUAAUAUAAACAUUAGUUACAAAA